AUUCACAACUCUACAAGAGUUACAGAAAGAAAGGUGUGAGCGAAAUCAAUCCAUGGCGGACUGCAGAGUGAGGAGGAUAAAGCUGGGAAGCCAAGGCCUUGAAGUAUCGGCGCAAGGUCUUGGUUGCAUGAGCCUCUCCGCCUUCUUGAGUAUUCCGGCGCCGAAAACUGACCCCAUCGCUCUUCUUCAUCACGCCAUUGACUCCGGCGUUACUUUCCUUGACACCGCUAACAGCUACGGUCCCGAGACCAACGAGUUGCUCCUCGGCAAGUUUCUGAAGAAUGGGAUGAGGGAGAAAGUGGAGCUUGCGACCAAAUUCGGAAUCAUUUAUGCCGCUGAAGGAAAGAGAGAAAUCAAGGGAGAUCCUGAGUAUGUUAGGGCUGCUUGUGAGGCUAGUUUGAAGCGUCUUGAUGUUGAAUGCAUUGAUCUCUAUUAUCAGCAUCGUAUAGAUACUCGUGUCCCUAUCGAAAUCACUAUGGGUGAACUGAAGAAGCUAGUUGAAGAAGGUAAAAUAAAGUACAUCGGUUUGUCUGAAGCUUCGGCUUCAACUAUAAGAAGGGCGCAUGCGGUUCACCCGAUAACCGCUGUGCAGCUUGAGUGGUCCUUGUGGUCGAGAGACGUGGAAGAAGAAAUCAUCCCGACCUGCAGGGAGCUUGGGAUUGGAAUUGUUGCUUACAGUCCUCUGGGACGAGGUUUCUUUGCAUCAGGACCUAAGCUUGUUGAGAAGCUAGACAAGAAUGACUUCAGAAAGGCAAGUACUCUUCCAAGAUUCCAGCAAGAAAACUUAGACCACAACAAGAUUCUUUACGAGAAGGUUUAUGCAAUGUCGGAGAAGAAAGGAUGCACUCCUGCACAACUAGCACUCGCGUGGCUACAUCACCAGGGAGAUGAUGUUUGCCCCAUCCCAGGAACCACCAGGAUCGAAAACCUCGACCAGAACAUCGGAGCUUUAUCAGUGAAACUCACUCCCGAAGAGAUGGCUGAGCUCGAGACCAUUGGCCACCCAGAUUCUGUGAAAGGAGAAAGAUACAGCAAUGCCGUGCCCACCUUCAAGAACUCAGACACUCCACCGCUGUCUUCUUGGAAAAGCGUGUAAACAGGCUGCGUUUCUCUGGCUUAUGACAUUGAAGCAGUUUAACUUCUGUCGGCGAGAUCAAGGUAAUUGAUGCGUAUCAGUAAGCUGUCGGCGAGAAAGUGACUGCAGAGAAAGAGAGCAUAAAGGUUGAGAACGAAGCAAGAUUCUCGAGCUGCAAAGGCUAAACAAGGAGGCGGAGAAAGAGAUAGCUGAGAGUAAGUCUUGUGAAGCAACGAUUGUUCAACAGCUUCAAGAUGUGGAGGAGAUUCAGUUUCAGAGAAAUGCGUCUGCUCCAUGGUGAAAUGUUAUAUGACCUCUAACCUAAGCUCUGUUUUGCCAAAUGAAAACCCAUCCAAAUUGAUUUUCCUUUAAAAACUCAGUAACAAGAAUUUCUUCCCCUAAUUUAAAGUCAAAUAAGGCUCCACCAUUCAGUUAGCUGCUUCUUCUUCUUCGUGUUGUUUUACAAGUAAAAUUUUUACGCUAAUUCAAAUUAUAAUCGUAUUUAUAGGUUAUUAUUGGGUUUUUAGACCAAUUUUACAUAUUAAAUUUCUUAUUUUUUAGU